AUGGCGGGCUCAAUCCCCUUUGUAGGAGCAUUUGCUCCACGGUCUCCAGGAAAGCCUUAUGCUUCGACAGCGGACAUGGUUAUGGAAAUGAAUAUGCUCACGGAAUCCAUGAAAAAUAUGGCCACCCAAAUUGAACAGUACCAGGGUGGUAUGAGUAAUCUGCUUUACUUGACUCGAGGCACCUAUAAGGUCUACGAUAGCGCCAUGAAUGCACGGAAAAGAAUCGCAUCUACCGAGGUCACGGACGGUCGGGACGAGGAAGACAAAGUCUUGACUGCUACAUACGAAAUGAUCAACGCCCUGGCUCAAGCUAUUGUGGCUACUUCAGGCAAGACGAUCUUCGUGAAGAAGAUCCCUAGCGGAUCAUCAAUCGUCCAAGCUGUUUUGUGCAAAAUGCAUGAUGCGAAGGAAGGACUGCAGGCAGCACUUCUCAGGCACUGCCCGAAUGGAUUCACGCCAGGAAUAUUGGAACAGUUCUGUGAUUUUGACCAGAGGUGCACAGAUCUGAUGUCAGAUCUCAGAGCUUAG